GUGAAUGCCGUCGCACGACGGACCGGAAGUUGGAGCUUCGAACCCCACAGGGCCAAAGAUGCUGGGCUUGUUCGGAGAGUGGUAAGGAGUACACGUUCAAGGUGAACGCGCUGGCUGAACAGAUGGAGGGACAGUCUGUAUCCUGGUGGCCUCCGUAUGGAAUCAACAGCCCGCCAAUUCUCUGGAUUUUCAUGGACGCCUGGAGUGUUGUGGAAGCCUGCCCCGUCAUCGCGGGAUACAUGUUCUUAUUCUUCUGCUGCCUGCUUGUACGCAAGGCGGAGGAAUUGACGGGUGGCCUCAUCCCCUGGACACGCUGCGUGCCCAUUUUCGGGCCAGCACUGAAGCGGGGUGAGGCGUGGCGCUUCGUCACCUUCACCUUCUUCCAUCUGCAGUUCCUGGACCUGUUCCAGAAUCUGCUGACACUCCUGGACACGCUAGAUGUCGAGGCCACACCGGCAAUCGUUCUUGGCGACGGCUCGAACUUGAAAUGCGGUGUCGGGGCCAAGACAAACUUCAUGUGCUACCCCAGCAUCGGUUUGGGCUCGACCCACACCUUGGGCGUGGCCUUGGUGAGCUCAGCGAUCGGCGGCAUGUGUAGCACCUGGGUGAAGUUCGGCGACGUUGUGGCAGGUGCGUCUACGUUGGGCUUCGGCCUCUCAGGGGCUAUUGUGGCCCUCUACGCCCUCUAUGCAGGCGCUGCUCUGGACUCCACGACCAGUGUGCAGCGAAACUUCGAGAACUGGGUCUGGCUCCGCUUGAUCUUCGUUGGCUUCCACAUAGCGAUGGAGUUUGUACGAGGAAUCUCGCAGAAGGAUUUGGCUGGCCUCUGGGCUCAUACCACCUCCUUCGUUGCCGGAAUUGCGUACGUUCUGUACUUCUUGCCACCCAUGGGCGACGGCACGGCACCCGAGUGCAUUCGGCUCUUUUCCAGCGUCUAUGAGUACCAGGUGCCAGAUAUGCAGAGGCAGUGCUUCCUCUUUUACAGCACCGUUGUCGGAUCAAUGGUCCUGGUGUUCCUGGGCAUAGCAUCUGAACACACGCAAAAGGGUCCUGACCAUGAUAGGCUGGAGGCCACCGCAGGCGCGGCCCGUGGCACAAAGUGGCUGGCACUCCCAUACGACUGGUUCCAG